AUGUGGGCCUUGACUCUUUCUUUUUCACUUAUCAUCCCUUUAUCCUUUAUUUUUCUUUUUCAUUUACAUUUCCAACCCCUUAUCCCAUCUCUCAUAUUUUUCAUUUUUCUUUUCUCUCUCUCUUUCAUUUACUUUUUCAGUUCCUUUUCUCUUCCAUUCUCUUUUUUCUUUCCUUUUUAUCACUCAUUUACUUUCCCUUAUUCCCUAUCUCUUUCUUUUCCUUUUUCUUUUCUAUCUCAUUUAAUUUACCACUCCCUUUCACCUACUCUGUUUCUUUUUUCUUUUCUUUUUCCCAAUCAUUUAUUCUUCAGUUCUUUUCAUCCUCUCUCUCUCUUUCUGUCUCAUUUAUUUUCAGUCCCAUUCACCUUCUACUUUUUUCUUUUGUUUUCUCUCUCUCAUUUAAUUUUUCAGUCUUUACUCUGCUCUCAUUUUUAUUUUUAUUCUUUUCUCUCUCUCUCUUACUUACUUUUUCAGUCCCUUACCCAUCUCACUUUCUUUUUCUUUUUUCUUUUCUUUUUUCCUCUCUUUCUGUCACACUUUUUAUCACACACACACACAUUAUCAUUUUCAGUUAUUAUCCUUCUGUCUCUUUUUAAUGUUGUUCUUCUGUCUUUAACUUUCACUUUUUUACCCCUCUCUUUCUUUUCUUUUCUCUCUUUUUACUUUUUCUGCUCCUUUCACCCUCAUUCUCUCUUUCACGUUCUCUUUGUCUUUUUAUCUCAUUUGGUUAUUUUUUCAAUGACUUUUUCUAUCUCUCUUUUCUUUCCUUCUUUUUUCUUUAUUAAUCAUUUUUGCUUUUAUUCUUUUUCUUUCCUUCUCUUUAUUUUUCUCUUUUCUUUUUCUCUGCUUUUUAUUUCUCUCUUCACUCACAUUAUUUCCAUCAUUUUCUUCUUCUCUAUCUCUCAUUUCCUAUUUCUCGCAUUCCUUUUCUUUUUCCUUUUGUUUCUUUUCUGUUUUCUUUUUCUCAAUCCUUCUCUCAUUUUCCUUUUCUAUUUCUCUCUGCUUUUCAUCCCCAAUCUUCAUUUCUUAUUUCUCUCUCUCUUCUAUAUUUCUUUUCGCUUUCUCUCUCAAUUCUUCUUUUUCUUCCUUUUCUCUCCCUUUUCUCUUUGGUUUUUUUAUGUUUUCAUUUUUCUCUUUUUCGUUUAUCUUAUUUCCCUUAUUUCUCUCUCUUGUUUUCUUCAUUUUUCUUUCAAAUUUUUUUCUCUUCUUUUCUUCUUUUCUUCUCUUUUGCCCUUCACUUUUCUCUCUCUGCCACUCUUUUCUCUUUUGCUCUUCUUCACUUAUUUCUUUUCUCCUCCUCUCUUUUUUCUCUUCACUGUUUCUCUCUUUCUCAUUUUCUUUUUUCCUUUCUGCUUUCAUAUUUUCUUUUUCUUUUUUUUCCUAAACUCUCACUUUCUCUUCUUUUCUUUUUCUUUCUCCUCCUCACUGACUCUUUUGAAGAAAUUUCUCAGACUCUUUCUCUUACUCUCUAAUUUCACUCUCUAUCGUCUCCUUCACUUCUUCCACCACACUCACUCACAUUCUCUCUCUUUCACUAACCUCUCUUUUCCACUUUUUAUUCCAAGCUUAAACUUCCUUUUCACUUCUCUCUCUCUCUCCCAUUCCUUCUGUAUUAGAAGAUUAAUUCUCUCCUCUCUUAAUCAGACAUAUUUCUCUAUAUUUCCACACAUUUCAUUGUUUCUUUCUUGUAAAUUUCUUUUUCUUUGUCUUCUACGAACUGUAUUACCCAUAAAUCCACUGACCCAUAUCAUUGAUGAUGGGGUCUGGAAUUUCUAA